UUAUUUCAUUGCAAUUGCCUUGCGUCAGCGGUUUUUCCAAACACGUAUGCGUUUGCAUGUGGUCCAUUUUUGCUACAUCAGCUUUUUCAUCAAGUUAUAUUUAACUGGCUCGUGCAAAACCUUAUAAAUUUGAGCAGAAUCCUCAAUUCCUAGGCCUGGUUGGCUGGUGGUGCUGAGGUGAGAACUACAUCAGUAAUGGUGAUGUGACAUUGUUAAAAGGUUAAACAGAUCUGAGAAUAAAGCUUUGAAGAUGGCAUCCAGAAGCAAGGAUGAGUCUUUGUUCCGUAUUCCUCCCUACUUCUACAUCCAUGUGUUGGAUCAGAACACCAAUGUCACACGACUGGAGAUUGGGCCAAACACAUACAUCAGACAGGACAAUGAAAGGGUUGUUUUGGGGCCUGAGAAGAUGGUGACAGUGCCCCCUAGGCAUUUUUGCGUCAUUGAAAACCCUAUCCUCAAAGACAAGGACGGCAAAUGUGUGUUUGACAAGAGUGGACAGCCCAAGCUGCUGCAUGCUGACCAGGAGAUACGCCUUGCACAAGAUCCUUUCCCUCUUUAUCCAGGGGAGGUGCUCAAGCAGCCAGUCGUACCCUUGAAAAUAGUUGCAGCAAAUGCAGCAAUACGCCUGCGUGCUGUUUUGGACUUUGAAGAUGAGACUGGUGAGAAAAGAACAGCUGGGGAUGAAUGGCUGUUUGAGGGGCCAGGAACUUAUAUUCCCAGAAAGGAGGUAGCAGUAGAGGAGACAAUACGUGCCACAGUUAUCAAACCCAACCAGGCAUGCAAACUACGUGCACGCAAAGAGUGCAUAGAUCGUGAUGGUGUCCCUCGUGUCACAGGAGAGGAGUGGAUAGUGAAGAAGACUGGGGCUUACCUGCCUGGAGCAUAUGAGGAAGUAGUGGAUGUAGAGGAUGCCUUUGUACUUACAGAAAAGAAAGCUUUGCACAUGAGGGCCAUAAGAACAUUCAAGGAUGACUUUGGCAAUGUGCGUAAAAAUGGAGAGGAGUGGUUAAUCAAGAUGUCGGACACAGAAACUCACAUUCCUCAAGUGUACGAGGAAGUUGUUGGCGUUGUUGAUAUCACCACUUUGAGCAGCAGACAGUACUGUGUCAUCCUGGACCCCGUGGAUGACGAUGGGAAACCCCAACUUGGAAAGAAGAAAUUAGUGAAGGGAGAGAAGUCUUUCUUCUUGAUGCCUGGUGAGAGUCUGGAGGAAGGAAUCCAAGAUGUCUACAUUCUUGGGGAAGAUGAAGGUCUUAUCCUCAGAUCUACAGAGUUGUUCAAGGAUGCUGGGGCAGGCAUUGAGCGCCACCCUGGAGAUCGUUGGAUGAUCAGAGGCCCCAAGGAAUAUGUUCCUCCAGUUGAAGUAGAAGUUGUCUGCAAACGUCAAGCCAUCCCACUAGAUGAAAAUGAAGGAAUCUAUGUCAGAAAUGUCAAAACUGGCAAGGUAAGAGCCAUCACUGGGGAGACCUACAUGUUGAACCAAGAUGAGGAGUUGUGGUGUAAGGAGCUGCCACCUGCUGUGGAGGCACUUCUGGCCCAAGGGAAAGAUCCACUGGCUGAUAGAGGAGAGCGCGGCAGAGGGGCAAGCACCCAAACACGUGACAAAACCAGAGUAGUCACCUUCAGAGUGCCACACAAUGCAGCAGUGCAGAUAUAUGAUUACAAGGAGAAAAAAGCAAGAGUUGUGUUUGGUCCAGAUCUGGUGAUGCUGGGUCCAGAUGAACAGUUUACUCAGCUCAGUUUGUCUGGUGGUAAACCCAAGAAACCCAAUCUUAUCAAAUCACUGUGCCUUCUCAUGGGUCCCGACUUCUGCACAGAUAUUAUAGUGGUGGAGACGGCAGAUCACGCAAGGCUCUCUCUGCAGCUGUCUUAUAAUUGGCACUUUGAAAUUUCAACCAAGGCUGGAGACAAAGACUUUGAAACUGAGGCAGCUAAGUUGUUCAGUGUUCCCGACUUUGUUGGCGAUGCUUGUAAAGCAAUUGCAUCUAGAGUCAGAGGAGCUGUGGCACAAGUUCAGUUUGAUGACUUUCAUAAGAACUCCGCCAAAAUUAUCCGUGCGUCUGUGUUUGGAAUUGACGACAGCAAGAAAGUGCGAGAUCGCUUUGUGUUCAAACAGAACAACUUGAUCAUCACCAGCAUAGAUAUUCAGUCUGUGGAACCAGUGGACCAGAGAACUAGAGAUGCCUUGCAGAAGUCUGUCCAACUGGCCAUUGAAAUUACUACCAACUCACAGGAGGCAGCAGCCAGACAUGAAGCAGAGCGUCUAGAGCAGGAGGCAAAAGGUCGCCUGGAGCGUCAAAAGAUCAGUGAUGAAGCUGAGGCUGAGAAAUCUCGCCGUGCUCUUCUAGAACUCCAGGCUCAGAGUGCUGCCGUAGAGAGCACAGGGCAAGCCAAGGCAGAGGCACAGUCCAGGGCAGAGUCUGCCAGAAUAGAGGGAGAGGCUAAUGUGGAGCAAGCCAAACUGAAGGCGCAGGCUAUGAAAAUUGAAGCAGAAGGAGAACUUGAACGCCUUACCAGUGCCCGUGAAGCAGAGAUCAGGUUCCUUCGUGAACAGAAUGAGCUUGAGCUGUCCAAGUCCAAGGAGAUGACUGCCAUUGAGACUGGCAAGUUUAAAGACAUGGUGAAUUCCAUAGGUGCAGACACCAUCAGAGCCAUUGCAACUUCUGGACCCGAGAUGCAGGUGAAACUCUUGAAGGCACUGGGCUUGAAGUCCACUCUGAUCACAGAUGGCAGUUCCCCUAUCAAUCUGUUCAAUACAGCCAAUGGCCUGGUUGGGGGAAGCAUGGUCCCCAUGAAGCGGGUUCCACAAGUUGCCUCAGAUGAUGAUGAUGAAGAUUGAAUCACAUACUAGCUGCUGGACAGGCUGAUAUUAGAAUGACAGCCUUAAAGAUUUAAAGAGAUUUUAAGAACUGAUUAAUUUUACUCAAUCCUUUUAUGAAGGAAUUUUGAAAAAAGGGUGAAAUUCUGGCUACAAACAUUAGCCUAUAUACAGUAUAACUAGAGCAUUAUUGAAGAAGAAAUGCUGUUACAGUAAUGUAAAAAAGCAUUAUUGUAUGUAGAGAGUAAUAAAAACAUUAUAUUAUGUAGAUAGUGAUAUCUUCUACUGAAAUUGCCCUGAAGGUUUUGCACACAACAGAUAUCUAACUUGUUUUAUUAGAAAUGUGCAAUCUUUGAUUAUGAAAUAUUUUGAUAUAACAAACCCUGUUGUUUAUACAUUCCACUUAUGCAUGAGAAAUUUUGUUUCUAUAUGUUUAGUGCAUACUGUACAGUUUUUUCUUUUUGAUAUUAUAAAUCCUAUAUAUUGACCUGUGAUACUGUUUGAUAAAAGAACAUUUAUCUGUAGUAAGUUUUUUGUUGUCAAAAGUCCCUACAUUAGGGAAAUUGAUCAAAUAUCAUUCUUUAACAUUGAUCUGUCCAUAAAAACUAAUAUUAUGAAAUAUGUUGCCUUUCUUGUUUUAAAUAAUACUGUAAUACUAUUGAGUGUGCCUAAAUAUGUUAUCAUGUUGCAUUGUUAAAAUCUAAAAGAUGUUAUUGGUUGCUGUGGUGCUGUACACUUUCAUGAAGCAGAGUGAUUGCCACGUUGAUGAUUAUUUUCAAAAUUAAGGCUUAGAUUAUUAAAAGACAGACUUUCCUAUAAUCAUUUGAUCUGAUGUUCAUUAGAUUAACUACUACCAAAGUUGAGAUGUGAUGCACUUUGUGGUUGUAAUUAAAUACAUUGAUUAAUUAAAAUAAAUAAAACAAUGUACAUGUACCUUUUCUGUAAAA